GCCAAGAAAUGACAACGCAUACAUGGUUUGAAAAUACUAUAUGGGGAGGAAUGUGCGCUCUGUUCAAAAUAACUAACUCUUACAACCACAGAAGGAGGCUAAGGAAAAUAUAUAAUGAAGUUCUUCAGGAACAAGAGUCACAAGGUGUACCCACUGAAGAAAGAAAGUCUGACAUGGAGCCGGAUGAGACUGAGGAUGCCGAACAAAUACCACCUGAGAUACAGUCACCUGAUUUAGAGACCUCACAUCAUCAAAAUGUAGAGGAAGAGUGCCUACCUAAAGGUGUCAUCACAGACACGGUACACGUCGUCGUCACAGAUGAAGAAGACGACGAACAAGAACAUACACAGUCACCUGACUUAGAGACCUCACAUCAUCAAAAUGUAGAGGAAGAGUGCCUACCUAAAGGUGUCAUCACAGACACGGUACACGUCGUCGUCACAGAUGAAGAAGACGACGAACAAGAACAUACACAGUCACCUGACUUAGAGACCUCACAUCAUCAAAAUGUAGAGGAAGAGUGCCUACCUAAAGGUGUCAUCACAGACACGGUACACGUCGUCGUCACAGAUGAAGAAGACGACGAACAAGAACAUACACAGUCACCUGACUUAGAGGAAACACUGCCACUGAAUACACCUACACAGCAGCAAGAGAAACUUUACUGCUUAUGCCGCCAGCCAAACUAUGAACAUGAGCCCUAUGUAGAAUGCAAGAAAUGCAAAGACUGGUUUCAUCCAUUUUGUGUUGGAGCACGGACACAUGAAGAUCUGGAAUGGAUUUCACCUUGGUUUUGUCCAAAUUGUUCUAGUCAACCCCCCAAAAAGCCUAAGAAAGCAGCUCGUCGGCUAUUCAGUAAACAAGAAAGCAUAGAAGACAAGGAGAUUUGUGACAGGGAUGAGAGGAGAGAAGACACAGAUAGCAACACAUCUAGCCCUGAAGUCUCUAGCAGGUCAGACUCUAGUGACGAGUGCUGUCCGGAGUGUUACCAAAUCCCUUUUUCACGAGCUGAGUGGGAGGACAUAAAACCUGUAGAUACCGAAAAAGGAACAAGUGGACAUCUUGGAGGCACAUGGUGGAAGAUGCAUCCACUGAUGAAUGGCUUCAAGCGUUGCUGCAGGUACACCGAGAGUUCUUGGGAAGGAGGUGGGGCCAGGGGAAAGUCACUUGGCUCAUGA